GAUCUGGCGAAGGUGCAGCGUGCCGUCUGCAUGUUGAGCAACACGACGGCAAUCGCGGAGGCCUGGGCACGCCUAGAUCACAAGUUCGACUUGAUGUACGCCAAGCGUGCCUUUGUGCACUGGUACGUCGGCGAGGGUAUGGAGGAAGGCGAGUUCUCCGAGGCUCGUGAAGAUCUCGCAGCCCUCGAGAAGGACUAUGAGGAGGUCGGUGUUGACAGCGUCGAGGCCGAAGGUGAAGAAGAAGGCGAGGAAUACUAG